AUGCCGGGCGUGGGCUGCGGGUGCUUCCUGGGGGCAAGGGACCUGCACUUGGCCUGCUGCGACACAUGGCUUUGGAUGCAGCUGAAGCAGAAGUCUCGGGGAUCUCGAUCUGGAAAGUCUCGAGGGGAUGACGGCCGCCUCAAGGGCUUACCGAAGGACCAUUUCGAGCACGAGAAAGUUGAGGCGGAGGGCACACCGUUCCCCAAGAAGGAAACAGUGCCGCCCAGCCAGGCUCUGCUGCUGGAGGCCUUCCCCGACGCGCCGCCCGCAGAGCUGCGCCGCUUCGCGCGGGGCUGGCCGGAGGGCCCCGCCGCAUUGAAGGCGUACGGGGAUCACCUCAGCUGGUGGGCGGAGGGGCAGCCCUUUGAAGAGGCCCACAGCAGCGUGCCCGGGAACUGGCUCACCAGGGGUGGCCUUGCCAGUGAUGGCUCCAAGGUGCUUUUGAUGCAGGUGGCAUGCACUGACACCAACCUGGCGCCAGAGGUGUACUUCAAGGCGCUGUGCUAUACUCUCGAGGAGCUGGUGCCGCGGGAGGAUGGCGAGAGCCAAAUCACCUUGCUGCUGGACACCCGAGGCGGCGCGGGCUGGCUGAACCCGAAGGCGACGGAGCUGCUGCCGCUGCUGCGGAUCUGCGCCCGCCAGUUCCCGCCGAACUAUCCGGGCGUUUUGCGGCGCAUCAUUGUCUACCCCGUGCCUGUGGCUUGCAGCCUUUUUGCCCGCAUGGCCCUGGCCUUCGUCGAUGCCUGGACACGAGACCACAUCGUCCUGAUCAGCGAGCGGGUGAGUGGGGGUUGGGCCAACGUGCUGCGGGACUACGUGAGCAGGAACAACAUUCCAGAGCAUGCGCUGUCUCGCCAUAGCAGCCUCUGA